CAAAUCAUCAUCACAGCAAAAAUCUCACUUCCUUAAAACAAGAAACGUAACAAUGGCAAAGGCUGACAAGAAACCAGCAGAGAAGAAGCCGGCGGAAACCACCACCGCGGCGGCCGCAGAGAAGAAGCCAAAAGCCGGGAAGAAGCUACCGAAGGAUCCCGCCGUGGCCGGAGACAAGAAGAAGAAGCGGACCAAGAAGAGCGUGGAGACCUACAAGAUCUACAUCUUCAAGGUGCUGAAGCAGGUUCACCCCGACAUCGGAAUCUCGAGCAAAGCCAUGGGGAUCAUGAACAGCUUCAUCAACGACAUCUUUGAGAAGCUUGCCGGCGAGUCUUCCAAGCUUGCGAGGUACAACAAGAAGCCGACGAUCACUUCGAGGGAGAUUCAGACGGCGGUGAGACUCGUCUUGCCUGGAGAGUUGGCGAAACACGCUGUUUCUGAAGGUACCAAGGCGGUGACUAAGUUCACGAGUUCUUAGAUCUGGAGUGAGAUUUGUAAUGGUUUUAACUAGUAGUAGUCUGUUGUGUUGAGCAUUUGGUUAUUUUAUCAGGGUUUGUACUUUAGAAAAUUUAGUUUUUCUUGUAAUGGAAUGAAAUAUAUUAAGUUUUACUUUGUUUAAA